AUGGAAGAAAUGACAGCUCAUGUAGAUGAACUAGAACAGUUAUCUAACAAAUCGGCCAAGCUUGGUGGUGGUAUAAGUUGGAGAACCAUUGUUGAUCGGCUUGACAAAUUAUCUUCUGAUGAAAUUCAAGUAUUAACAUUUGAUUCCAUUGAAGAUGCCAGAGAAUUUUACCUAUGUCAUAGCAAAAUGGUCGGUUUUGGUAUUAGAGAGCGGGAUGAAAAGAAAGAUCGGAAAGGUAUUGUGACAUACAAACGAUGGGUAUGCAACAGAGAGGGCUUUAGAAAUAGCAAAUGGUUAAAUUUAGUUAACCGUAAGAAAGAGGCAAAACGCCUUACGAGCGUUGGUUGUCUGGCAACUAUAAUUGUGCAAUGGAACAAGGAUAUUCAGAAGUUUACGAUUAAGCGGUUUAAUAUGGAUCACAAUCACCAAUUGGCAAAUCAAGAAUUUGUACAAUUUCUUCGAUCACAUAGGAGUGUCAACCCAGCAGACUUGGAGCAUGCUAUUUUGAUGCAUGGAGUUGGUAUUCGAAUUCCUCAAAUAGUGGACCUUCAAGCUUACCAAGCUGGGGGCCACAACAAGAUGGGAUACACAGAAAAGGAUCUACGAAAUGCUGUUGACCAAUUCCAUAGAAAUGCACUUGAAGUUGGUGAUGCCUUUCAGGUGUUGGCAUAUUUGGAUGGUCGAGCAAAUGAUUCUCAAUCUCGUUUGGAUUACCAAUGUUUUGGUGAUGUUCUUGUCUUUGACUCUACAUACCGCACCAAUGCUUAUAGGAAGCCACUAGUAAUUUUGGCCGGCGUAAAUCAUCACUAUGUUACCACAAUUUUUGGGUGUGCAUUAAUUGCUGAUGAGACUGAGGACACAUAUAAGUGGGUAUUGGAAACAUUUUUGGAGGCCAUGGAAAAAAAGGCACCUAUCUCAGUUGUCACUGAUGGGGAUGGUGCAAUGAGAAAUGCAAUAAAGGCAGUUAUUCCUUCUGCCCGUCACCGAUUAUGUGCUUGGCAUUUAAAAAGAAAUGUUGUUACCCAUACAAAUAAGGGGUUCGUUCUUGAUUUUGAUGUGGCUAUGGACAUGAUUUGUAGCCAUGAAGAGUUUGAGAGAAGGUGGCAUUUGCUAGUUGAGAAACACAAUUUGAGAGAUAACCAAUGGGUUGUCGAUUUAUACAACAAAAGGGAAAAAUGGGCUGCUGCAUUUUUGAGAGGACACUUUUUUGCUGGAAUGAAAUCAACCCAAAGAUCAGAGCAAUUGAAUGCUACGGCGCACAAGUACCUUCAAUUCAAAAUGCUACUUUACCCGUUUGCUCAUCGAUUUGAGCUAUUUUUAUCAAAAGUUAGGCAGAAUGAACACAAGGAAAAAUGUAUCACAAGCCAGUCAUCUCCUGUUCUAAUUACUCAUUUGAGAGAAUUGGAAGGAAAUGCUGCAAGCAUUUUCACAAGAAAGAUUUUUUUCAAGAUUCGUGAUGAAAUUUCUGCUGAAGCCUCACUCCGCCUCGUUUCAGUUGUUGAUCAAGAUAAGGUGAAGUUAUAUACAUUCACUGAGUACUUGCAUCGAAUUUGCUCUUGGCAAGUGGAAUUGGAUAAAUCUGAAAGGACUAUUAUUUGUUCAUGUAAGAAACUUGAGUCAGAUGGAAUUCCUUGCUCCCAUGCGUUUGCAGUUAUGAAAGCUGAGGAUAUGGACGAGAUUCCUAAAUCAUGCAUUCUGUUUAGAUGGACUCAGCAAGCAAAGCCAGCCGAAAAAAACAUAUAUUCUAUUCAACUUGAAGAUUCAGCAAUUCAAGCAGCUCGAUUUGGUGCUUUAUGUGCAUUAAGUAAUCAAAUGUGUUUUUAUGCAGUUAAGACACAGCAAGGAUAUGAUGAAGCUAGAGAGUGCAUUAUAAAUUCAACAUCUCGUUUCAAAAAUCUUUGGGUGAAUGAUGCGCCUCUAGUGCAUAAAGCUAAAAAAAAGGAUAAUAUGAUGGAUGAGUCCAUAAAGAGGAGUGAUUUUGAUGUUCGUGAUCCAAUUGUUGUUGCUACAAAGGGACAAAAGGCAAAACAUUCCACUCACAAGCGAAAGCGACGACAAUGCAAAAAUUGCAAGUAA